ACCCAACCAUAAACCCUUCUCUCUCCCUCCCUCUUCCGACCUGCAAAGACCUUUCCCUCUCACCGGCCAACAGCAAUGGCGCCGGCGCCAAUUCGCUCCGGCGACGGGAAGAAGUACAAGCUCAAGGACCUCAAAGCACUAGGCCACCAGCUCCUCUCCUCCCGAGCUCACAUCAACAACCUCCCUCUACUCCUCACCUUCGUCACGCCUUCCUCCCCGCCGCAGCACGUGCUGGAGUCGGUGCUCUCUCUCCAGUCCUUCUUCACUCCUUUCAUCCCCGACCUUCCUCCGCCUCCGUCUGCUUCCUCCAGCCUCAAGGGGGAGACACAGAAGGAUCCGGAGCUCAUAUACAGGACGUGGCUCAGGUCAAAGUUCGAUGAGUUCGUCAGGUCGCUUAUCGACAUUGUGGCCUCAUCGGAGGCCGAGGACACUCUCAAAGAGAUUGUGUUUGAUACAAUAAUGGAGUUUGUCAAGCUGGGUAAAGGUGGCAGUUUCCAAUCAGCAAUAUACCACCGGCUUAUCCAUAGCAUCGUCAAUAUGCCAGCUGAUAUUGAUCUUUUACUGGAACUGCUUUCAUCAAAGUAUUUCAAGUACAUUGAUAUCUGUUAUUUUACUUACAUUAGUCUUGAAAAGCUUAUUCAGAAGUUAGAGCCCAAAGAAGUCAGUACUGGGAAUAUAGGUGAUGGUGAUGGGAGGCAUCCUAGAGCAAGUUCGGAGCACUCAAUUCACAGAGUUCAUCGUAUCAUGUCACACAUCCCUCCUCUGGGCUGUAAGGAUAACAUCUCUGAUUCUGAGAUGUGGAGUGGAUCAGAACUAAAUGCUAAAGAGACUUCUGGCCUUUCAAAGGCAGAUGGCAAGCAGCUUAAAAGUGAAAAAAAUGCCAAUGUAUUGUCUGCUGCCAAGAUAGCCAAGAAGAUAAGGUUGAAAUUUACUAAAGCAUGGCUUUCAUUUUUGCGCUUGCCACUUCCACUUGAUGUGUACAAAGAAGUUCUUGUGAAUCUCCACCAGGCUGUCAUUCCUUACUUAUCUAACCCAAUCAUGUUGUGCGAUUUUCUGACAAGAUCAUAUGACAUUGGUGGAGUUGUCAGCGUCUUGGCUCUCAGCAGCCUCUUUAUCCUUAUGACGCAGCAUGGCUUGGAAUACCCCAACUUCUACGAGAAACUCUAUGCUCUACUGCAACCUUCCAUCUUCAUGGCAAAACACCGAGCAAAAUUUUUAGAGCUCCUUGAUUCUUGCUUAAAAUCACAUCUUCUUCCAGCAUAUUUGGCUGCUGCCUUUGCCAAGAAGCUGAGUAGAAUGGCACUUUCUGUCCCUCCGUCAGGGGCACUCAUGAUUAUAGCUUUGAUUCACAAUCUCUUAAGAAGGCAUCCUUCAAUCAACUGUCUAGUGCACAAGCAGGAAGAUGGUGAUACAGCUGCAAAUGAGCAGGCAAAAGUGGAAAAGGAUAUUCCUGGCAGUGAAAAAGAUGACUCUAGCGAUGUGUCAAAAAAGCUCGGCUUUGACCACUUCCGUGAUGAAGAAGUGAAUCCCAUAAAGGCCAACGCAAUGAGAAGUUCACUCUGGGAAAUUGAUUCUCUUCGACAUCACUAUUGUCCUCCUGUUUCGAGGUUUGUUUUGUCACUGGAGAAUGAUCUGACAGUAAGAGCAAAAACAACUGAAAUCAAUGUUAAAGACUUCAGUUCUGGUUCGUAUGCAACAAUCUUUGGAGAUGAGAUGAGACGAAGAGUGAAGCAGGUCCCCUUGGCAUUCUACAAAGCAACUCCGUCCUCUUUAUUUUCGGAGUCUGAUUUUCCUGGUUGGACUUUCCAGUAUGAAAAUGGAGAGGAAAAGAACAUCGUGAAUGAUAACAGUGGCUGUGGAACUACUACCGACAUUAUUCCCGAAGAGCAAAAUGAGCUAUCUGCAAAACGACAGCGGGUGGAAUGCUCAUCAUAGAAUGAUAUUGCUCUGACAGUUUCGACAGUUUUCCCUUUUAUUACUAGAGGCAUUCUUUCCAAAGGCGAUUCGACUAUUUAAUGCGCAAUUUUCGUGUAAAUUGUCCCCUCUUUAGAGUUGUGUACUGAUUUUGUGUUGCGCGGGUAUUUUAUGUGCCUGUAAUAUAUAAUCUUCUCAGGACUGAAUUUGUUGAGAGGUAACCUGACUAACUCGUGACUGGUGAAUGCUCAGUCUAUAGAAUUUUCCUCGGAACUUUGAUUUGCCAA